AUGUGGCACUGGGACGAGGUCGUCACACAAGUCCCCGCGCACUGGUCGCCGUCACCCCGUCACACCGACGCUGCCUGUGACCAGGUGAAGUUCGGUGUCGGCGGCGGCGGCGUGGCAGAGGCGGCAGGUCCGUGGUGGCAGGCACAGGGGGGCUUCCAGCGAUUGUCAGUGGUGGCGGUGGUGGAGGCUGUGGUGGCGGCGGCGGGCGGGGACUGGCCGGGUGCCAGCCAGGGUGGAAGGCGCCCCUCCAGCUCCACAAGACCUCCUCCCUCCUCCCUCCCGCCUCACGCCGCCAGGCCGCCCACCGCCUCCACACUCCCGGCCUCACGCUCCACCAGGCUCAUCGGCACAACUCCGGUACCCCAACAAGGGCAGGUCGCCUCCCAGUCCACGGGAAGUGUGGUAAUUUUCCAAGUUAAUCACUCGAGGCCUCAACCCACGGCACAGACUGACCCCCUUCACGACCCACACCCCAUGAAGACCCACAAUACAGAUACUGACCCCUCCAUGACCCCCAACCCACACCCCACGAAGACCCACAACACAGACCCCUCCACGACCCCCAACCCACACCCCACGAAGACCCACAACACAGACCCCUCCACGACCCCAAACCCACACCCCACGAAGACCCACAACCCAGACCCCACCCCGACCCCAACCCACAUCCCACGAAGACCCACAACACAGACCCUCCACGACCCCAACCCUCACCCCACGAAGACCGCCAAGACUGACCCCUUAACGACCCCCAACCCACACCCCACGAAGACCCACCACACUGACCCCUCCACGACCCCCAACCCACACCCCACGAAGACCCACAACACAGACCCCUCCACGACCCCAACCCACACCUCACGAAGACCCAACACAGACCCUCCACGACCCACAACCCACACCCCACGAAGACCCACAACACAGACCCCUCCACGACCCCCAACCCACACCCCACGAAGACCCACCACACUGACCCCUCCACGACCGCGAGGACCCAGGACAGACAAACACAGUAUAUAA